GUUUGAUGUCCUGCCCAAACUUCAGACCCGUCUGGAGCAAAAGUUUUUUUUUUUCUGGAAAGUGAGCAGCGGUGAUUUGUUCCACGAAUUACGAAUCUUUCUUAUAAGAAUAUUCACUAACAACUUCAGCUCGGCCGAACCGAAGCGCAGAAAGGUGGGACUCCUGUAUGCGAGCGUUUGUUGUGUUUUUUCGUCUGUUUUGGCUGCGUUUGCGUUUUUUGGUUUUUUUUGGAAAGUUGGGGCCGGACGACAACAUAGAUUCCAGUGUGAGGUAGAUAUGCGCUUUGUUACAUACACAAGUAUGCCCGCAAGAAACAACAGGAAAACGUUGUCUUCCACUGCUGAUUUCGACAGCUAACACCCUUUGGAAGAAAAUAAAGCGCUCGACUGUUAAACUUUAGAAUGACUCGGGAUACCUUUCACUGAGUGCCGUCGAUAUUUCCUGUUUUCCUGCUGUGUGAAGAAAGAAAAAAAAAAGUUUGGGAUUGACUCAAACUUUUCUUUUGUGAGUUUCUGAAAGCGACAUUUUGGGACACAUAAAGUUCGCAGACUGUUUUGGGACAAUGGAUCCGAGCCAACAUAACCCUCCUGCCGGACACCAAAUCGUCCAUGUACGGGGCGACUCUGAGACCGACCUGGAGGCGCUUUUUAACGCCGUGAUGAACCCGAAAAACACUAUCGUUCCCCCUUCCGUACCUAUGAGGAUGAGGAAGCUGCCAGACUCCUUCUUCAAACCUCCAGAACCAAAGUCCCAUUCCAGACAAGCCAGCACUGAUGCUGGGAGCGGCGGAGCGCUCACACCCCACCAUGUCCGUGCACACUCGUCCCCGGCCUCGCUGCAGCUGGGACCCGUUUCUAGUGGCUCCAUGUCUAGCAUGGCCCCAGCAGGUGCCUCCCCUCAACAUCUCCGUCAGUCUUCUUAUGAGAUUCCUGAUGACGUGCCCCUGCCCCCAGGGUGGGAGAUGGCCAAGACCGCCUCUGGCCAGAGGUACUUCCUCAACCACAUUGAUCAGACCACCACUUGGCAGGAUCCUCGCAAGGCCCUGCUCCAGAUGAACCAGGCUGCACCGGCCAGUUCUGUGCCAGUCCAGCAACAGAACCUUAUGAACCCAGCCAGUGGUCCUCUGCCUGAUGGAUGGGAACAAGCGAUUACAUCAGAGGGAGAAAUUUACUACAUCAACCACAAGAACAAGACCACAUCAUGGCUCGACCCACGACUUGACCCACGCUUUGCUCUGAACCAGCAGAGGAUCACCCAGAGUGCUCCAGUAAAGCAGGGAGGACAGAUGCCUCCCAGCACCCAUGGCGGAGUCAUGGGAGGCAACAAUCAGAUGAGACUGCAGCAGAUGGAGAAGGAAAGGCUGCGACUGAAGCAACAGGAGUUGCUGCGGCAGAGACCACAGGAGCUCGCGCUGAGGAAUCAGCUGCCAACCACUAUGGAUCAAGAUGGCAGCACGAACCCUGUGUCCUCCCCCAUGGCCCAAGAUGCCCGGACCAUGACUGCCAACAGUUCUGACCCAUUCCUCAACAGCGGGACCUACCACUCCAGGGAUGAGAGCACAGACAGCGGAUUGAGUAUGAGCAGCUACAGCGUCCCUCGCACUCCAGAUGACUUCCUCAACAGUGUGGACGAGAUGGACACAGGGGACCCUCUGCCACCCUCCAUGGUGACACAGCCCAGCCGUUUCCCUGACUACCUUGACGCCAUCCCGGGAACAGAUGUGGACCUGGGCACCCUAGAGGGCGAGAGCAUGGCGGUGGAGGGUGAGGAGCUGAUGCCCAGCCUGCAGGAGGCCCUGAGCUCUGACAUCCUCAACGACAUGGAGUCUGUGCUGGCAGCUACCAAGAUCGACAAGGAGAGCUUCCUCACAUGGUUAUAGAAGAUCAGAGCUUGGCGCUCCUUACUCCUCCUCCUCCUUCUUCACCUCCUCCUCCUCCACUCUGAACUGCUGCCUGCUCUAAUCUGUGAAGGAUUCAUAGAUGCUUUUUACAAGACAUUUCAGCGAGCGUCUCUGGACUUUUAUCUCUGUCUCGGGCAUGUAAGGCCAACCUCUUUUGAGGCAGUAUUGUUCUGUUCUUUUCACUGGUGUGUUAUCUCUUUAUUUUGUCUGUGUCUUCAAGGCUGGCCCAUGAACAGACAAUUACGCAAGGGUCCCUAAAUCUUUCACAGGUCUGUCAGUGAAUCUAAGGCGUCUUUAACCUAGAGCAGGGGGUGGGGGGAGUCUCUCCUUCCCCUGGUCUCCCCUCAUAGCUGAGCUGGACGGGUGCAUGUUGCUCUCUCCUGCAAGGACGGCCACCAUCACUUAUCGCCUGGAGUUUCUGGUGCCUCUUUUAUUUUUUAUUUUUUUUUCUUCUUCUUCUCUUGCAGUAUAGUGUGAAUCAGUACUACUUAACUGUAUUUGGGACUGUUGCAUCUAGCUUAAGUAGCUUUAUAUUUGGCAUUGCAAGUUUUUAUUAUUUUUGUUGUUUUCAAAUGAGCCUGAGAAACCAAAAAUGAUGUAUUUGAAGCAGAAAGAACAAUACUGAUUUGGAGUAAAGGUAAUGUGAGGCCCAGUUUUGACAUGCUGGCUUUUGGGGGUGGGUGGGGGGGUGGGGGUGGGUUGGAGCUUGGGGACCGACUACAUUGCUGCUUGGCUGUGCCAGCAUGUCUAAGUUAAACCCUUUGAUAGAUCAAGUGCCUUCAGCUGUAUAUUUUUUUUUUUUUGAGACGCCAGCAACACGAACAAUUACUUUCCAAUUAUUAACAAUAAGCAUUAGGCUGCAUCCAUUUACAAUCAGCCACACUUUCCUUUAUCCAAUGGUCAAUAAUCAAUUGUAUUUUUGUUUUAUAAACACAUUAUAAAGGGGAUUUAGGGAUUUCUGUUUUGUUUUUAAACCCUAUCUUCUUUGUAUCCCAGUCUUAUCCAAACUUAAUUCAUGAUUCAUUCUUUGUUUUAUCAUCUUUUUUAGUAUUCUUUUAUUUUUAGGUUACUACACAUGUAUGAUAGCUUAGAUCAAAUGGCAUUUUGCUUGUUUUUAACUUCUUUAAUUAUAGAUGAAUUAAUACUUUUUUUAACAGGGUUGACUGUUAUCACACACACACAGAGAUGAAGUCUGCCAAGACAAAGAUUGAUGGAUUUUUCUUAAAAAAAACAUUUAGUGGAUUUUCUUCUCAUCUCUGAUUUUUCUAUAUACAUUUUAGUAUUUUUUUUUAUUAUUUGUCGAUCACAUGCAGCUUUUACUAUCCUUCUUAAACAUUAACCAAAAAAGGCGGAUCUCUUGGCUCGACAGAAGUUCGAACUCUUCGAUCAGUUGAACGUCGCGACGACAUACAGCAUGCGAGAGGAAGUGCAGCCGAAGCCCUCUGCCUGACGCUGAGCUGUGUGUCCGAGUGAAAGGUUGAGAACGAGUGUUCGCAGGUUUAAAGAGUCGCGUGGGGGGGCAGUGUGGAAGGCCAGGGUUUGACUGAUGGCGGCGGUGCGUGACGUGAAUUGUUGAGCUUUUUUUUUGUGUGUGUGAAAUAAUCAAGAAACAAUCAGCCAGGAAUUGUCGUAGCGGAUUCCAAAGAUGUUUUUGUAAAGACGCUAACACUUUCUUUUGCUUCCUCUCCCCCCCAUCAGGAACAGUUUGAUAAGAAAAUCAGCCUGUGUGUGAACACGUUGUAUAAGCUAAUGAGAAAAUCGUGUAGGUUUUUAGUGCUGAGGGACGCAUCAGAACAAGUCUAGCCGAGAGAUUCUUUUAUUUUUUAGACGAGAUGGUUGGUUUGUUUUUUUUUUGAGUGACUAACUGAGAUUUAAGGAUGAGGUUUCAGAACAGAGAAGCAAGUGACUAAAAGCGCUCCCGUGUUUACAUUCGCUCUCAGAAAGUGCGACAGCCACAUUUGAGACAACACGCCAACAAAUUCUCUCCUGAUCACAUUGUUGUGAUGUUUACAGCAUGACUGCACCUGCAUUACUGCAGUAACCUCUGAAUAAUUAGCCUGUCGCUCAUGCCCUCGGCUGAGGACGUACAGGAAGUCACCCUGAUUCUGUUGCCAAGCGAUACCUAAUUGGUAGCAUUAACCUGAUGGAACAAUAUUGUUUGUAUUUUUUUUUUUUUUUUUUUUUUUUUUAGAUCAGAGAAUGCGAACAAUUUUUUUUAAUUCUGUGUGAAAAAAACUUGUUUUUAGUUCUGAUUUUAUUGAUCAUUAAAUCAAGUGUUGGAUUUAAGACGGAUAAACAGUGUUGGUGAGAACAAUGCAACUAAAAUUGAGUGGUACACUACAGUGCUUGUAUUGCACGGCUACAGAGUUUUCAUUUUGAUGCAAUGACGCGUUUUUGUCACACAAACCUGAUUCUUAUGCUUACUUAGUGUGUAACUGUCAGAGCAUAUUAGCUGUUGACUGUCAUUGUAGCAGUAGAACUAAUCACACAAGUUAAAGAAUUUUGUAUUUAGAGGUUUCUAAAUGCACAUGAAAUGGAUUUAUAUUCAGUAAUGAUCUGUUCUUUUUUUUUGAUAGAUAUGUGCAUGUGUUUUAGAACAGUAAAUUCUGUUACAUUAUAUCUUGCUUCAUAUGAUACUUUGAAAUUGGCCUGAAAAUAAAGUAUAUACUUUGUGGUAA